AUGAAUUCAAUUUUAAUUUAAUUAUUGUAAAAAAUCUAUAUCUAUGUCCAAAAAAUUGGUAUUGUGGAAUAAAUAAUUUAGGAAUUACAACUUCUGAUCCUGUUGAUUAUAAAUUACAGUAAUUAAAAUGAAUGUAGUUGCGAUUAACUUGAUGAGAACGACUGUUAAUUGUCGAAAAGAUGUAAAAUGAAUUAAGAUUAAUGUUAAUUCAAAAGUUGUUAGGAUUAUCUAAUAACUGAAUGCAAUUAUAUAUAGGAUUGUAUAUUAGAGAACAAUAAAUGUAUUGAUCAUGUUUGGGGAAGAUGUGCAGAUAUACCUAUAGAAGUAUGUGAAUUGAAUGAGAAUUGUGCAAUAAAUAAUGAAAAUAAAUGUGAAGAGUUCACAAGAUGUGAAGAUUAUUAAAUGAAUGGGAAUGAAGAUUGUAAUAAAAAAAAUGAGAAUUGUUAUAAUGGAAAGGAGGGUUAUUGUAAAAGUAAAAUUUAGAUUGGUAAUUGUUAAUAAGUAGAAAUGGAGUGUGAGAUGUAUAAGAUAUAAAAUAAAUAAUAUUGUGUAGCAUCAACAGAUAAUAAAUGUAUAAGUAUAUAAGUGACAUAAUGUUCAAAUAUGAACGGAACUCCAGCUUGUUCUUUAUAUAAUGAAUGUGAUUGGAAUAUAUCAACAAGUAUUUGUAGAGAGAAAAGAUGUAAUGAUUUGGAUGAAUAGAAUUGUAAUGGUGAAUUAAAGAAUUUGAAUGGAGAAACAAUGAUUUGUUAUUGGGAGAAUGGAUAAUGUUUAAAGAUGUAAUCAAGAGAUGAUUUAUCAUAAUCGAAUUGCUAUCUAGCAACAAUAGGAUAGAGUACUUGGAAAGAAGGAAAGUGUUAAGAAUGCAUUUAAUUGAGCUAGUUAGUAAUACUGAUAUAUUAUUUAAUAUAUAUAUUAUGA